AUCCAAACCACAGAAGAACAAGUGUAAUUAACCAAGUUUGUACUAAGCACACCCAAGAGAGUUGGGGCAACAACCUCGAAGCUAGUCCAUACUAGUGGGAGGUUGUCUGCGACUAGGUAGCUAGCUACUUCCAUCAUCGGAUUUCUCGAAACAGAUAGAUAGAUCAAAUAUAUAUAGCUAUAUAUUCGAAUGGCUCGCGGAAAGAUUCAGAUGAAGAGGAUCGAGAACCCGGUGCACCGGCAGGUGACGUUCUGCAAGCGCCGCGCAGGGCUUCUGAAGAAGGCCAAGGAGCUCUCCGUGCUUUGCGACGCUGAAAUUGGACUUUUCAUUUUCUCCGCCCACGGAAAGCUCUAUGAACUCGCCACUCAAGGAACCAUGCAAGGGCUGAUUGAGAAGUACCUGAAGUGCACUAGGGGAGCUGAUGAUCAGGUGGCAGAUGAAGCCAACGAUAAUCAACUUCUGGACCCGAAAGAGGAGAUUGGUAUGCUGAAGAACGAGAUUGAAGUACUCCAGAGGGGCCUAAGGUUCAUGUAUGGGGGAGGAGCUGGAACUAUGACUGUAGAUGAACUGCAUGCACUUGAGAAAUAUCUUGAAGUUUGGAUGUAUCAAAUACGUUCCGCAAAGAUGGAUAUCAUGUUUCAAGAGAUCCAACUGUUGAAAAAUAAGGAAGGGAUACUGACUGCAGCAAAUAAACACUUAAAGGAAAAGAUAGAUGAACAGUGCAGGACUGCUAACAUAGCACCAAUGCUGACUAACAUCCAAUGCCCACUAACUAUUCAGAAUAAGAUUUAUCAAUUCUGAGCAGGCAGCUGUGAUAUAUAGUUAAUGUUAUAAAAUAUAAUGCAUCUUAGUGGAGACAAUAAUAAGUGUAUUCAAUGAUUAAUAAUUCAGUACUGAUAAAUAUGUUUGAGUUGAUGUGUGUGGGGCUUCUUCAAUUCCUACCUAGUUUGUAUACUUCUGCAGGACUAUUACAAUGUAAUGGCAUUAUUGUAUUAUGCAUAAUAUUAUGUUUUAAUUAUUUUAUGCAUCAA